AUGGGGGGAGGACAUGGAGAGGGCACCACGUACAAGGGCUUCACGGUGCAUCAGCCUAAGCGAUGGCACGCGCUCACCGGCAAAGGCAUGUGCGCUAUGAUGUGGUUUUGGGUGCUGUACAGGGCCAAGCAAGAUGGUCCUGCAGUUCUGGGUUGGAGACAUCCGUGGGAGGGGCAUGGUGAUCAUUCCCAUGGUGAUCAUUAG